UCGCGCUCAGUGACGCGUUUAAGUUACCCAAUACACAGGAGAUCUAGUUCAUGAUAGUGCUUCAUUGACAAGGCGGACAUAUACAUCGAAAAGAAAACCAAAAUGGCGGAUCAAAUGCAUCGAAUUAUGACGAAGAUCGCUUUGUUAUUUCUGCUUCACAUUAUCGUGCCUGCUUCUACACAGAUGUGUCGUAGUGAAGAUUCGAGAUAUAGCAUUUACUGUGACUACGGCUGUUGUAAAGAGUCGUGUUGUCCAAGACCCACAACAUUCUACAGCAUUGGGCCUAUCGUUGGAUCUGUAGUCAGUGGAGGAAUCGCCCUCUUCAUCAUUAUUCUGGCUAUUUGCAUAUGCCGCAGAAGACGUCGUCAGCCAGGAGUUAUCAUCCAUAGCCCAGGAGCGCCCCCUACAGUGAUUUGUCAGAAUUCAACAUCACAAUCUGCAAUGGUCAACACAGCUUGCAUGCCUCCAGGGAGUGUGUACCCUCCACAGCCGUACGGAGCCUACCCCUAUCCACCUGACAAGACUGUCCAGCCGCCCUCAUAUUACCAACAACCGCCCCCAAGCUAUGACAACCUGCCUCCUCCAGCAUACCCCGCAAGUCCAUCAACAGGAACUGCCUAUUAUAAUGAUGGAGUUGAUAAUUUGGGUUUUAAAAGUUAAAACAGUAAACAUAGUGACUUUGGAAUUUGUAUGUCAUUGUAUCAUUUCUCGUGAACAAAACCAUCUAGAUCAGCGGUUCUCAACCUUUUAUACUCGGCGACCCCUUUUUACAAUCCCCCACUCUGCAGCGACCCCACACCCCAGACACACAGAUACAGCACUAGAAGACAAUAACAAUCCAUAAUUUCGAUGGUCUUAGACGACCCCUGGCAAAUCGCCAAUCGACCCCCAAGGAGGUCGCGACCCAUAGGCUGAGAACCCCUAAUCUAGAUCUAGGCGUACAGAAAGUUUCGUCUUACAGUCAUGAUCCUAACAUAAAUUCGUAUUUUUUAAACGGCUCUAACUAUUUUCCUAAAAAUUCGAAAUCUUUGAGAAACGAAUUAUUAGCUAAUUGGAAAUUAUAAUAAUAAUAAUAAUAAUUAGAUAUUGCCUGGAGGUCUAGACCAUCUUUAUUUUGAACUGUCUUGAACAAACAUACGUCAAAGGGUCGGGUAUUACAGCAUUACCACAAAAACAAAA